AUAGAUAAUCUACUACUACCACCAUGUUAGUAGCAUCUCAUCUCUCACUGCUCUCAAGAUAUCGUGUUCCCCGAAACGCUGCGUUUUGGUCGCCACAUCAUCAUCAUCAAAAGAAUAAGCUAAAUUCAUGGUCCAUUUCGGCAAAUUCUUUCGAUCUCUCUCCUCCGCCAAUCGACCAUGACUUCCUGGACACUGUUAAAACUGCAGGCGCUAGGGUUUCUGAGGAAGGGAUCGUUGAAACAUUUUAUAAUGAUGAUGAAGCGCUCGAUGCCGCGGAGAACGGAGUUGCGGUUGUUGAUCUUUCACAUUUUGGGCGGAUUAGAGUCAGUGGAGAAGAUCGUACCCAGUUCCUUCACAACCAGACUACUGCAAACUUUGAAUGUCUGCAGCCGGGGCAAGGAUGUGACACUGCCUUUGUGACCCCAACAGCUCGAACAAUAGAUAUUGCACAUGCAUGGAUCAUGAAAAAUGCAAUCACAUUAGUGGUUUCACCUGAGACUUGUAGGACCAUUACAGAAAUGCUGAAUAAGUACAUAUUUUUUGCUGAUAAGGUAGAGAUUCAAGACAUUACUGAGCAAACAAGCUUAUUUGUUUUGUUGGGACCUAAAAGUGACCAGGUCAUGGAGAACUUGAAACUUGGUGAACUUGUGGGAAAACCAUAUGGCACACAUCAACAUUUUAAUGUUGAUAAGCAGCCUUUAACUAUAGGGGUCGGAAAUAUCCUUUCUGAAGGUGGUUUUUCAUUCUUGAUGUCUCCAGCAGCUGCUCCAUCUGUCUGGAAUGCUAUUCUUGCUCAAGGGGCCAUUCCAAUGGGUUCUAAUGCAUGGAAUAAAUUACGGAUAAUUCAAGGAAGGCCUGCUCCAGGAAUGGAGCUUACUAAGGAAUUCAAUGUCUUAGAAGCCUGUCUAUGGAACUCAAUUUCUCUAAAUAAGGGUUGUUACAAAGGACAGGAAACUAUAGCAAGGCUGAUAACUUAUGAUGGAAUCAAGCAGCGGUUAUGGGUUGGGAAGUUGACCAGCUAUGCAUCAGGAAGAAAGCAAUCUGAACACUACGGAUUAGGCUACAUUAAGAGGCAAGCUGCUUCAGAAGGAGAUACUGUAGUUGUGGGAGACAACAUCAGUGGAACAGUGGUGGAAGUUCCUUUCCUUUCUCAGCAACGGUCGCCUUCUGGUAGUUCAACUUGUUGA